GACCGUUCACCGAGGGGAGGGGAGGAAAUCUGCAGUAAACACUGAUGCUAACCGAAAAACGCUUUUACACAAUGAAAACGCCGAGGAGUACCAUCCAAACAACGAACACCAAGUGAGGUCGACUGUUGUGCUGUUUGCUUAGUGUGCUCCCCUGAGCAGAAACGCUUUAUUUUCGAGUACUGGAGAUGCUGAUAAUGUCAGUGCUGCAGAAUGAAGACUGAAGCUCUGAAAACAAACUGACAGUGCACUUAAACAACAACAAACAUCGGAAGAGGAGCGUGUAUUUGUGUUGAACGACCAUGACGACCAGCGCUGAGCGGAAGUUCAUCAAUCUGCGGAAGCGCUUGGAUCAGCUGGGCUACAGGCAGCCUCUGGCCAUCGAGAGUCUGCCACUGGUGGAGAAACUCUUCAGUGACCUGAUCCACACCACAGAGAGUCUCAGGAAUGCCAAGCUUGCUGCAGGAAAGACAGAAAAGGAGAGCCGCAAUGUGGAUGCUACUCUGGAGCCGUAUAAAGCAGAAAAUGCCCGCCUUGUCAAAGAAAACAAUGAGCUGCACCUUGGGCUUUUGAAACUGAGAGAGGAGAAGGAUCGGAUCAGCAGGGAGUUGAAGGCGUACAUCAGGAAACUGGAUCAUGAAACCUCCGAUCUGAAAUUCCUUAACAACCAGUAUGUGCAGAAAGUUCGGUCCCUUGAGAAGGACAGCAAUGCCAAGACAGAGCGCAUUCUACAGCUGCAGGAGAAGAACAUGCAAGCUGUUGUGCAGACACCAGGAGGAAAGAAGCGAUCUAUCCCCUUUAGACGGCAAAGGAUGCAGACAGAUGAGCUCCUCCCAUCCUCUGGUGGCCCUGUCCCUCCAGCUGUGGCUCAACCAGAUGAUCCGUAUAUCGCUGACCUUCUUCAGGUGGCUGAUGACAGGAUCCAGGAGCUUCAAAAGGAAGUGGCACAGCUGAAGCUUGACCUUGAGAGAGGACAGGGAGGAAUCAAACAUCUCAACAAACAGGUGGAAGAGCGAGAUAAAGAAAUCGAGCGUCUGAAUCGAGCUCUGGAUGGCGGUCGGCCUCAUGAUGUCAUCUCCCUGGAGGCUCAAAACAUCAGCAAUGAAAAGCUUAUUGCUCAUUUAAACCUGCAGAUAGAGUAUCUGCAGGAGACCAACAGAUCCCUGGAGCAGAGAGUCGACGGCCUGCAGCAAAGGAAGAAGACCGUGUCCAGUGAGGUGGCUGACCUGAGCGCUCGAAAUCAGGAGCUGUGUCAGGAGCUCACUCAGAUAGACCAGCUCGCCCAGCAGCUGGAGAAAGACAAGGAGAUGGUGCUGGAGACUGCCGACAUGGAACUGCAAGAGGCCAAGAAAGCGAUUCAGCGUCAGCAGCGGGAGCUGGAGGACCAGGAGGAGGUCAUCUCUACAUUAAGACGGGAUAUGGCAGAUGGAGAUCAUGUGAAAGACAGACUAAGGAAUCAGCUACUUGAUCUUCAAGAUCAGAACGACAAGAUGGAGGGACUGAUUCACUUUCUGGAAGAAGACAAAAAGAGACUUCAAGACAAAAUAGAAGCAAUGAUGCAGAAUGACAAGGAGAUGGUUCUAGAAUUAGAGAGAAUGCGUGCAAGGCAUGGCAUGUGUGGCAAGGAUCACUCUCCAUCGCGUCUGGAUGCCUUUGUGAAGAGUUUAGAGGAGGAAAGGAAUUAUUACAAAGAGGAGGUGGAGCGAUACCGUCUGGUUAGGGGCAGGACAGACAGAAGCCCCACUCCUUUAGGCAGAGGGAGGAGCCCCAGAGCAAGAGGCAGCUGGCAUGGAAAGAGAGAUGAAGAUGCAGAUCUCUCGCGAGUGGUGAAAGAGAGGGAUGAGCUGCAGUCAGUGCUGCUUGGCUUUGAGAAGCACAUGGAGGACAUCCAGACCAGGGUUAAACUACUGACUGCAGAGAGAGACCAGCUCAGCUCUCAGUGCCAGCAGGCUCAGGAGGAGCUGAGACGUGUCCAAAGAGAGCUUGAGUCUUCUAAACUCCAGCGCAGGAUCAGAGACGACAGGGAACAGACUGAAGCUGAACUCCAGAGAGUUACUGCUGAGAGAGAUGCACUCAGAGACAGACUCAAGGUUGCUCACAGCACUGCUCUGACAGACCGAGAACAGGAGGAGUUCAGGUUUCUUGACCUGGAAAACACCAUAGAGAAGUUGGAGAGAGAGAAGGCUGAUCUGCGGGCUCAGGUCACUGUGCUGAAGGAGAGUCGUGUGGUUAUAGAGAAGGAGCUGAAGGCUCAGUCAGCAGUGCUGUUCCAGAAUGUAGAGGAAGCCACGCAGCAGAGAGUCGAGAGCAGCGCACUCAGGCUUCUGCAGGAGCAGAUGGAGCAGUCUCUUUCAGAUGUUCAGCACAGAUUAUCUGUGAAGACUAAUGAACUGCAGGCAGCUAACCAGCAGAUUGACAAACUAGAAGAGAAAAUUGCUGAUCUGAGUAGACAUGGUUCAUCUCAGAAGGAUGAGGUUGCGACUCUGCAGAACACCAUAGCAUCUCUAGACAGGGAGAAAGAUGCUCUGCAGGACGCUGUAGACCAGAAGACAGAAAGUGUGGUGCUGCUGCAGCAGGAGAUCCACAGGAAGGAAGAGACUCUGUUGGAAGUUCGGCUAACAGUCACAGACCUGGAGAACUCCCUGGAUCAGCUUCAGGCAGUGUUGAGCAGUCGAGAGAGAGAAAUUGCUAGUCUGCGCAGACAGCUGGACCAAUCACAAGAGGAGCUCUCUUCUGUCAGUCGAGACCGAGAAGUCGCACUGCGAGAGAACCGCAGGUUACAGGAUGAUCUGGCCACCAUGACCAGAGAAAACCAGGCAGUGCAUGCAGAGAUGCAGGAAGCUCUGAACGAGAGAGAUGAACUGAAGCUCAGAGUUCACUCCUACAUCUCAGAGGUGGCACGGAUAGAAAGCUUGAUGGCUGCCAAGGAACAGGAGAACAGGGACAUGCUGGAGCGUUUCCGAUCCAUCCACACCGAGUCGGAGGAUAGAGAGCUUAAGUUGCAGCAGUCAGAGGGGCUAAACAACUCCAUCAGACUGGAGCUGCUCUCAUCUGACACGGAGCGUAGGCACCUCCGAGAGAGAGUCUCACUGCAGGACAGAGAGAUACAGGAGCACUUGAACGCUCUGCAAGCAUACGAAGCUCAGGUGUCGUCUUUGGCACGCGCAAUGUCUCGGUUAGAAGAGGAAGUCCAGGCUGCUCGAGCUGAAAAAGCCUCAGUGUUGGCAGAUCUGGCCUCUGUCAGAGAACUGUGUGUUAAACUGGACACCAGCAAAGAGCUCACGGUUCGCCAGCUGACUUCCAAGAGCAUGGAGCUGGAGAGAGUGACGGGUGAACUGGAGGAUGUGCGCUCAGAGAUGGAGCUCCUGAAGAAACAGCUGGGCAGUGAGCGGCUGACGGUGCGCAAUCUGGAGACGCUGCUGUCCACCAAUCGACAGAAGGAGUUUCAGACGCACAUCAGCGCCAGCGAGAAAGAGUCUGAACUCAAAGUUCUGAAGGACCGUCUCGCCCUCGCUGACAGCAAAACGGCUGGUCAUGCUAGAGAGGUUUCUCAGCUGCGGGGUAAAGUAUCUCAGCUUCAGACAGAAAUGGACGUCCUCAAGAGGCAGUUAACCACUGAACGCUUUGAAAGAGAGAGAGCUGUGCAGGAAAUGCGCAGACAGGGUUUAUCCUUCUCUUCACUGCGAAGCUCUUCUCCACUCAGCACGUCUCUCAGUCCUCGGCCUGCUUCUCCUGAACGCUCCAUUCUGCGCACACCAGAGCGAAGCACAGACAAGACACAAGACAAAAGUGUGAGCUUUAAGGAGUAGCUGGAAAGGAAACGGAUGAUCGCAGCAAGGAUACGUGUGGAGAUUUCUUGUUCACUCAGGUCUGAAGUAAGUCAGUGUUGGGCCAGAAUUGACUUGGCAGAAUUGAAAUCUGCUGAAAUCUGAUUUCCUGUGGUUAGUGAAAGGGAAAUACUUGUAUAUUCAUAUAAGGUUGAAUGUAAAAUUAUACAGCCAAAGCCAAUACAUACAGUCGUGUCGUUUGUUAAAUUAUACACGGUUAUAAGAACUUGAAUGAACUUGAACAGGAGUAGUUGUAUUGGCAUUAUUGCUCUUCACAAUUCUGGACUUGUGAAUGGUAAACGAGGCAGCUGUACUUUGUCAUCUUCUAUCCUUGCGUUUCAGACCUUUUCUAAUAAGUGAAUGGUCAAAGAUGUUGUGAAGUGGCCAUGUUACUCAGGGCUGUGUUUGUCACACUACAAAACCAACCUGUGUUUUAUAUGUUUACAUAUAUAUAAUAGAUUUUAUAUCCACUAAUUAACUUAUGAAUA